AAAAAUUAUUAUUAUUAUUAUUAUUGUUUUUAAUUUUUUGGGUGCGACCAUUUCAAAGCGAGCUUCUCGCAAAGCCCGAGCCAAUCUCUAUUCUCCUGGAGAGAGAGAGAGAAAUGAGUAUGGCGAUGGUAGAUAACAUUGUUGGUCUUCUUCUUCUCCUUAUGCUGAUUCUGAUUCUCAUCUUGGUCUUCUUAAUCACCUGUAAACCAUGGCGUUUCUUCUUUUCUCCUUCUCGCACCAUUAAGGUUGGAGAUCUUGAGAGGCCCCUUGUCUCAGAUGUUGCAGAUCAGACACCAAAUCCAAGUAACGAAUUGCCAAGAGAUUAUGACCUAGAGGGAGCAUGUUACCAGAACGAAGGACAUUUCCGCUCUCCUCGAACAUAUGGACUUGUUCACAAGUCAAGGGUGACCACUACAGCUCCCAAUUUGGUUCAAGGUGAUAGCUUGGUUCUAGAUGUAAUUUCUGACCAUUCUGAAGAUGUUUCGAUUGGCCAGACUCUUAAACGUCCAAUUUUGAAACAUCAGUUGUUGGCUGAAAAGAGCCCUGUUAAAGAGAGUUUAGAGCAUGAAAUUUUUCCAGAACAUGUCUCAAAGGAUGUUACUGAUCAAAUUAGCUGCCUUAUCCUGGAGGUCAUUUCUGGCCCUUCUCGUGGAUUACGCCACUCUGUACUUUCAACAAAUUCAAAGAGGCUUCCUCUAACUCUUGGAAGAAUUUCUCCAAGUGACAUUCUGAUAAGGGAUUCAGAGGUGUCAGGGAAGCAUGCAAUGAUAAACUGGAAUUUGAAUGAUUCGAGAUGGGAACUGAGGGACAUGGGUAGUCUUAAUGGAACACUUUUGAAUUCGGAACCAAUUAAUCAUCCUGAUAUUGGAAGUAGACACUGGGGUGAACCAGUUGUGGUUGUAAGUGGAGACGUAAUAACUCUUGGAACAGCUUCAAGAAUAUAUGUUCAUAUUAAGUCACAGAAGGAAUGUGAGAUCCCCUUUGGAGUUGGUGUGGCUGCAGAUCCCAUGGCUUUGCGUCGCGGAGGAAGGAAGUUUCCUAUGGAAGAUGUAUGCUUUUAUCACUGGCCUCUUCCUGGGAUUAAUCAGUUUGGACUUUUUGGUAUUUGUGAUGGACAUGGUGGAGCAGAUGCUGCGAAAUUUGCUAGCAAAGUGCUUCCUGAGACCAUUGCAACUAUUUUGUCUGACUCCCAAAAAAGGGAGAAGGUUUUAUCACUGUGUGAUGCUUCAGAAGUUCUUAGAGAUGCAUUUUUUCAGACAGAAUCAUCCAUGGAUUACCAUUAUGAGGGUUGUACUGCAACAGUGCUUCUGGUAUGGGCUGAUGGUGCUGAAAAUUUCUUUGCCCAAUGUGCAAAUGUGGGGGACUCAGCAUGUGUUAUUAAUGAUGCGGAUGGGAAGCAGAUUAAGAUGACAGAAGACCAUAGAGUAGUUAGUCCUACUGAAAGACUCAGGAUGGAACAAAGAGGAGAGCCACUGAGAGAUGGGGAAACGCGGUUAUGCGGUUUGAAUCUUGCUAGGAUGCUUGGAGACAAGUUUCUUAAAGAGCAAGAUGCUCGGUUCAGUUCGGAACCAUUUGUAAGUAGAGCUGUGCGUAUUGAUCGAGCCAACGGGGCAUUUGCGCUAUUAGCAAGUGAUGGUCUGUGGGAUGUCAUUACCACCAAGAAAGCUUUUCAGCUGGUCCUUCAGUUUAGGGAGCGAUGCUGCUCGGUUAUGGAGAGUUCUGCUGAGAAGAUUGCUAAUUUUUUAUUGAAUGAAGCAAGAACAAUGCGAACAAAGGAUAACACCUCUGUAUUAUUUUUAGAUUUUGAGAACUGGAGCAGGACCUCAUGUAAAGAUGAACCUUAAAAAUGUGGAAAGAAAGAGAUAAAAGAGUAAUACACAGUGAGAUAUCUUCUUAGAAGAUAUUGUUUAGUUUA